AUGACACACAGAGCUGGCACAACACCAAAGCGAGACGACCGGUCAAAGCAGGAUCUUCAGCGCCUCACCGGCGUGGUUAUCCACCGGCGCGUCUACCCGGAUUCCAUGUGGCUUUCCAUCGUUGGCGAAGCUCCAGGGGCCUCGUGCCACGAAAUUUGUUAUCCAGAAGGUGGAUCUCUACCAGUUCGGGACCUCUGGCGCGGAGUCAAACUUGGAGACUCUGUAGAGGCCAUGGGCUGCUGGAAGCAGAAAGGUUUCUGCGGGCACUGUCUCGAAGCAACUUCGGUAGUCGUGGAAUCGAUGCGGCUUUGGAGCAUUGAACGGUGCCUGACAGUUCGAUCGGCUCUAUUCCAGCCACAACGACCGAGACCAGAAGGUGUCCCCCAUCUUGCCCCUCGGCGAGCACCAGCAGUCGGCUGUAGCCAGGACGUGCACGGGGGCCCGAACACAUUGGAGCGAGCGCAGGCCGUUGCAAAGCUGCUUCUGCGAGUCGCCGGCGGGAAAGACUCUCUCAACCAAGGAACCGGUGUUCUCGAUGUGGCUGGUGGGACAGGCCUGCUGUCACUGGCUUUUGCCCUGUGCGGAGUUCGCGCAACUGUGGUGGAUCCACGCCGAAGCGCAGGUUGUUUGCCAAGCCGUGCGCGGAAGAUGAUGCGGAAGUCAGGCGUCGGCUCCCUGAUGAGUGCUUGUCGCGCCUGGUUUGGUGGUCGUCUCCAGGGUGCCGACGACUCCUUUAGCGGAUCAGGCGAUGCUGUGCCUCCUUGCGAAGAUGGUUUGGUUCGCAACUGCUCUGCCUUGGCGGCGCUACACCCGGACGAGGCCACAGAGGCUGUUGUUGAUGCCGCGCUUCGUCUCCGGCGACCCUUCGUGGUUGUGCCAUGCU